GUUGUCACAGCUGUUGAGGCAAAAUUCCCGCGAAGAUUGAGAACUCUCACUAGCUGUUCUUUUUUUUUCCACUUUUCAAGAAUCACAUCAUGAGUAAGCGGAAGGUCAAAGAUGCUCAUCUGCCAGUUGGAGAAUGCAUCACACAGCUGCAGAAGAUUUUAAGGGAACGACUUUGCAACCAGCAGCUUCCAGAGAAACCAGAGGGAGUGGGAGCUCAACACAAGCACCUGCUGGAGCUGCUGAGGCGGACGGCCGUCCACGGGGAGAGUAACUCGGUGCUAAUCGUCGGGCCCAGAGGGGCGGGGAAAACAAUGCUUCUCAAGUCUGUUCUCAGAGAGCUGCUGGAGGAAAAGGAGGUGCAGAAAAACCUGCUACAGGUCCAACUCAACGGUCUCCUGCAAACUGACGACAGGAUAGCACUAAAAGAAAUCACACGGCAGCUCCACUUGGAAAAUGUUGUCGGCGAUAAAGUCUUUGGAAGCUUCGCAGAGAACCUGGCUUUCCUCCUGGAGGCUCUGAAGAAAGGUGAUCGCAGCAGCAGUCGGCCCGUGUUGUUCGUCUUGGAUGAGUUCGACCUGUUCGCCCACCAUAAGAACCAGACGCUGCUCUAUAACCUGUUCGACGUGUCCCAGUCGGCCCAGGCGCCCAUCGCCGUGGUGGGACUCACCUGCAGACUGGAUGUCCUAGAGCUGCUGGAGAAGCGGGUUAAGUCGAGGUUUUCCCAUCGUCAGAUCCACCUGCUGAACGGGGGGACAUUCGGUCAGUACAUAGAGCGGGUCCAGACCCAGCUCAGUCUGCCGCAAGACUUCCCCGAUGAGAAGUUUGCCAAAGACUGGAAUGAAAGUGUCAAGGCUUUGUGUGAAGACAAAUCAGUAGAGGAGGUUUUACUGAGACACUUCAACUGCAGCAGAGACUUCCGCUCACUGCACAUGUUCCUAAUGUUAUGUCUGAGCCGUGUCACCGUUGCUAAACCUGUCGUCAAAGCGGCCGACGUGUUGGAGGCCGGUCGCCUAUGUUUUGCCGACGCCAAGGCCGACAUGCUCCACGGUCUGUCCAUCCUGGAGCUGUGCCUCAUCAUCGCCAUGAAACACCUCAACGACGUGUAUGAAGGAGAGCCUUUUAACCUCCAAAUGGUCCACAACGAGUUUAAGAAGUUCCUGCAAAGAAAGUCGAACUCCAUGUACAACUUUGAGCAGCCUGUUGUCUUGAAGGCUUUCGAACAUCUGCAGCAGCUGGAGCUGAUCCGACCCGUCGACGGCUCCUCGGCCAAGACUCAGAGAGAGUACCAGCUCAUGAGGCUGAUGCUGGACAACAGCCAGAUCAUGGAGGCCCUGCAGAAGUACCCACAAUGCCCCACUGACGUCAAGCAGUGGGCCAUGUCCGCAUUUGGAUGAAGCGACGCACACAG